AUGCCAAUGCCUCGAUUCUUGACCAUGUUGCAAAUUCAAAGCCUUCAUCACAGAUUCGCGGUCCCCUGCGCCCCCCUCACCCAAUCAUCUAUGCUGGAAUCAGCAGUCAAUGCGCCAGUGAAUUUAAAUCACUAUGAGGGGGAAAACGAUGUGUUUCGGCUGGCAGCGAUCCUGGCGGAGCGGAUCAUGAAAAACCACGCAUUCCAGGAUGGGAACAAACGCACAGCCCUGAUGGCGGCCGAUAUGUUCUUGAAAAUGAAUGGCUACUACCUUCGGAAGUUUCCUUUUGCAGAGGAUGCGCACACCGAGGGCCUCGCCGAGGCACAUGUUGCAGUGGUCACCAAGAAAUGGACUGUUGAACAAUUGCGCAGGUACUACCAGUCUGUCGCCCUGCCGUUAACCUAG